UUUCGAAAUAAUAUCCGCAUUACUCCGUACGGAUGGAUAACUAAGUGUACGAAUCCAACGCAUCCCAAGGAGAAUUCCGGCGCAUACAUUACAUCUGGAUCUUUGGGUGGCUGAUUCGGGCUGAAGAAGAUGCUAUUCCGAGAUGAUGGGCCCUCCCCUCUUCACCCUCCUCCUCUCACUGACUUCCAACCCCUGGACCCCUACCCUUUUCUACUCUUCCCAUGUUUUGGUUUUCCCCCGGGAUUCUUCAGUACCGCCCGCCCUGACCCCUGGAAGGAUUCGAUUUGUCUCGUAUCGUCUUAUCCAUCCGCUGUCUUCUCUUUCUCUUCCUCUUCCUGUCCAUCUCUAUUCCUCUCUCUCUCUCUCUCUCUUAUUCCUCUUACUCAAAUUUCCUCUUCGGUCUCUUGUUUCGGUCGUCUCAUCUCUCGCCCGCCUGUCCACCCUCGAAUCAUCCAUCCGUGCAUAUUGCCUAUUCUUACUCUCUCCCCACUCCCCCUUUUCCCGUAUACCGCGAGUAAAUCUUUUCUCUCUGUGCUCUCCUCGCGAACCUUGGGACUCUGAUUUUCAAAACUCCUUUUCGACUCUUGUUUUUCAUAUUUUCUUCUGUCUAAACGACCCUCUGGUUUUGUUGUUCUUAAUAUUUGAUCUUUAUUGAUUUAUUGACCACAUCGCGCAUCGCGCCUUGUGCCCUCGCUCGUUUCCCCCCGGCGUCUCAGUCAUUGGCAAUUAGCCCAUUAGGCGAUAGGCCACUCGAAAAACAUUGGC